AUGUACCCUAAUGCUGUAGUUGUGGAUGGUGUUGUCUUGGUUGAUCCAGAAUAUCUGAAGGAAAGGAAAGUGUUUGUCACCUUGACGUGUGCCUUUCGAUAUGGCCGGGAGGAUUUGGACGUGUUGGGCCUGACCUUUAGGAAGGAUCUCUUUGUCGCCAAUGUUCAAGCUUUUCCACCCAUCGUGGAGGAGAGGAAACCGCUAACCCGGCUCCAGGAACGUUUGAUCAAAAAACUGGGAGAACAUGCGUACCCCUUCACAUUCGAGAUUCCUCCGAACUUACCUUGUUCAGUCACUUUGCAACCAGGACCUGAAGACACAGGAAAGGCUUGCGGUGUAGACUUUGAGGUGAAAACAUACUGCGCCGAGAACUUGGAAGAGAAAAUUCAUAAAAGGAACUCAGUGAGGCUGGUCAUUCGUAAAGUGCAGUAUGCCCCAGAGAAACCUGGUCCACAACCCAUGGCUGAGACCACCAGACAGUUCCUCAUGUCAGACAAACCCCUCCACCUUGAGGCAUCAUUGGACAAAGAGAUUUAUUAUCACGGAGAACCUAUAAAUGUCAAUGUCCAUGUGACUAAUAACACCAACAAGACCGUUAAGAAGCUGAAGAUAGCUGUUCGUCAGUACGCAGAUAUCUGUCUGUUUAACACAGCUCAGUACAAGUGCCCUGUUGCGACAGCAGAAGCAGAUGACAUUGUGGCCCCGAGCUCCACGUUUUGUAAAGUUUACACCCUGACACCGUACCUGGCCAAUAACCGGGAGAAACGCGGCCUGGCCUUGGAUGGGAAGCUUAAGCAUGAAGACACAAACCUAGCUUCCAGCACCUUAUUAAGAGACGGAGCAAGUAAAGAGAUUCUGGGCAUCAUGGUAUCUUACAAAGUCAAAGUGAAGUUGGUGGUGUCUAGAGGGGGCAUUUUGGGAGAUCUUGCCACAAGUGAUGUGAUUGUGGAGCUGCCUUUUACCUUAAUGCACGCUAAACCGGAGGAAGAGGCUUUCUACAGAGAAGUUCCUGAGAAUGAGGUUCCCAUUGACACCAACCUGAUCGAGUUUGACACCAAUGAUGAUGACAUUGUUUUUGAGGAUUUUGCUCGCCAGAGGCUGAAAGGACUGAAGGACGACAAUGACGACGAUGAAGAUGGAGUGAACUCACCGCAGCACAACGACCGAUAAAACACGGGGACACGCAAAUCACUGCAAGGCACGGUGAUCUCCGGCACCUGAAAAGCUGCUGUCGUUAGUUUAUUUUCUUCCUUGUUUCUGUUAGACAAUAAAACAACUGAGGCUUCUCAAUAGUCUUGGGCCAAAACCUGACAGACUCCAAACAGUAGACUGGUACAAUCAUGAUGUCAGUUCCUUCACAGCCUUUUUUGGGUUAUCUGGGGGAGGUGGGGUGGGGUGGGUUGCGAGAUUUCUGGGGAAGUGGGUAGAGGAUAGAGGUUUAGGAGGAGGAUCAAGACUUUGGUACACAAAUUGGCCAACUUACUUCAGAAUAUGGUCUGACAGGGAUUGGAACUCAGCCCCCUGGGGAGUGAAAAACCAUAGGGUGGGGGUAAAAAAAAAAUCACACUGAUUUUGAAGCAUUAGUUUUUCGAUUUAUUUUGUUUGUUAACUGCAGAAACUUUUACUGCAGAGGCCUGUUGAGGCUGGGUUAUUAAGUCCAUUCUAGGCUGAGAGAGAGAUUUUUAAUCAGGAAGGGAAUCAAGGGUUAUGGG